AAGAAGAUUCUUGAAGAAUCUGAAUUUCUGAAGUUUAUUGUUGAUUCAAUAAAAAAUGUCGAUGAUCGUAAUGAAGUCAUUCCUCCAGCAAAGAAGGAACAUGUUUCUGUCAAAGAAACACUUCCUUUAGUAUUUCAAUUUGAAGACGAGGAACCUCUUCCCCCAGAGAAAGAAGAGUGGGAAAAGGAAAUUGAAGAUCUUUUUUCUGAAAUGAACAUGUGUAUCUUGGAAUCACAUAUUGGAUUUACGAAUCCAUCAGUUUCGCCGAUGCAGAGUGGACGACUAAGUGACUGUCAGAUGGGGAACCACAAGCUUAAGCUAGAUGAACAAAUUGGACUCAUCUGUUCAGUUUGUUCAUAUGUCCAUUUGGAGAUGAAAUACAUCUUCCCUGAUUUUGCUCAGAGAACUCAAGGGAGGUACGAAAGAAAAUUCUUUGGAGAAUCCCCAUCAGUCUUGGAUGUUGACGGCUUCAGAGUUCCUGAUUCUUCAACAGCUGAGGAUUCUCCUAUUUAUGGAGAAGGAACUGUGUGGGAUUUAGUUCCCCAAAGUGCCAAAGCUACAAUGUAUCCUCAUCAACGUGGAGGAUUCGAGUUCAUGUGGAACAACAUAGCGGGAGGUAUAAAGAUUGAGAGGCUGAGAGAGCCCCUAUCGGAGAGUAAGGGAGGGUGCAUUAUCUCACACCCACCUGGCACCGGAAAAACCCGACUCACCAUAGUGUUUCUUCAGUCAUAUCUGAAGCUGUUCCCACAGUGUCGGCCUGUAGUCAUAGCUCCAUCAAAUUUGCUUCUUAACUGGGAAGCGGAGUUCCAGAAAUGGGCGGUGGACAUUCCCUUCCACAACUUGAACAGCAAAAACUUCUCUUUAAAGGAAGAUGAAGGUACUGUUGGUGUCUUUCACCGUUUAUCCGGUGCUGCGAAAAAAAAUCCACACCUUAUACGGAUGGUGAAGCUGAAAUCCUGGGCGAAAAGUACGAGUGUUUUGGGAAUCAGCUAUGAUUUGUUCAGGAUUCUCACAGGAGAAGAUGGAGAGGGUUAUGCCAAAGAGCUUAGAGAAAUACUCCUAAAGUUUCCUGAUCUGCUGGUCCUUGAAGAGGGGCACACUGCUCGGAAUGAGCACAGCCUUGUGUGGAAAGCACUGAAGAAGGUUGAAACAGAGAAGCGCAUACUUCUUUCUGGAACUCCGUUCCAGAAUAACAUCAAAGAGCUGUACAACACUCUCUCUGUAGUUAGUCCAAAGUUUGCUUCUGAUUUGGAGCAGAAAUGGGCUUCUCUUAGCAAUUCAAUUGACAAGAAUGCCCGAGCGUUGGAAGAGCUUAGGGAUAUUAUUUCACCCCUUGUCCAUAAAUGUAGCGAAAAUGUAAAGAAGGUAAGCCUUCCAGGUAUACGGGAUACAGUAAUACAUUUGAAACCCACAGACUUGCAGAAGGAGUUGCUUAAAAGAGUUCCAGAGAAUCCGGGAUCCUUUUAUGAACAAAAUCUGAUGUCUCUGAUCUCUGUUCAUCCUUCAUUAGUGGCAAAUAGGAAGGAGUUCUCUGAGUUAGAAAGUCAGCUCAAGGAAAGAAGAUGUCGGUUGGAUCCUGAUAUUGGGGUAAAAAUGAAAUUUGUUAUUGAACUGAUCAGACUAUGUGGUGGGUGGAAGGAGAGGGUUAUAAUAUUUAGCCAGUUACUUGAUCCUCUAAACCUGAUCAAGGAGCAGCUCAAUUCUCUCUUUAGCUGGACUUUAGGCCGAGAGAUUCUCUAUAUGGAUGGGAAACUUGAUGUAAAGCAGCGGCAGAUAUCAAUAAAUUCUCUUAAUGACCCUAAGAGCGAUGUCAAAGUGCUUCUUGCAUCGACAAAAGCCUGCUCAGAAGGAAUAAGUCUAAUAGGAGCCUCAAGAGUGGUUUUGCUUGACGUUCUCUGGAAUCCCUCAGUAGAACAGCAAGCCAUCAGUCGAGCCUACAGGAAUGGUCAGACAAAAUUUGUUCAUGUUUACUGUCCAGUGACAUCGAAAUGGGAGGUUGACAAGAUCGAACAACAAACAAGAAAGAGAUAUCAUUCAGAUGUACUUCUGUCCAGGAAUGAAGAGAACACUUCAUGUUCUGUGUCAGAGGAUAACAUACUUGAAUCCAUGGUUAAGCAUGAGGGCCUCCGUCAUAUUUUUGAAAAGCUAUCUCAUGCACCUCGUGUGGUGCUUACUACAUGCUUUAAUUCUGGUUGCCAACCUUCAAAAGGGAGUAGUUAGGUACAUGAGGCAGUCCGUCUUGUUUAGUGUAUUUUGUUAACUUGCUAGUCUUUGUAAAAUGGCUCAAAUGUUUUAUCUCUUUCUUGUAAGGCUAGGAUGUUGUUACUGUGAGACAUUUUUAUCUUGUAAUCUGAUUCUUAGUGGAGAAUGCAAAAUUUAUUUAUUGUGCUUUA